UGUUUUGUUUAUUCAUAGAGAUCCAAAUGCUGAAGAAAAGAUGAAUCCAUUUGCUGAACAAGAGGCCUGGGAGGAACAUCAAAUUUGUACACACUUUUAUAUUAUUAUACUUGUAUAAAAUCUCUCAUUGUUAAGAAAGAAGUUCAUAUUCUUUAUUUGUAAUGGUAUAUUUCUGGAUUCUGAAUAAUAUCUUUCAGGAAAGGCAACGCUGAAGUAUGGUUCAAAAAAUAAAAAACAAGUCUCUGAUGAUUAUCAGUAUGUUUUUGAGGACCAAAUUGAUUUUAUCAAGGCAUCAGUAAUGGAUGGCGACAAGUUUGAUUAUGAAGAGAUGGAAGAUUCACUUGAAAAGUCCAGAGCAAAGCCAGCUUUGGAGGAACUACAGGUUCUUCCUAGAUGGGUUGUAUACCAUGAACUAGUACUCACAACCAAGGAAUAUAUGAGACAGGUGACAGAAUUAAAGCCAGAGUGGUUGGUGGAAAUUGCCCCCCACUAUUACCAGCUUCAGGAUGUUGAAGACUCAUCUUCGAAGAAAUUGCCACGUGGACCAGGACGUGCUCAAGAGGAUAGAUAGCUGACACAUCUUUAUAUAUGCUUUGGCUGUUGCAGUUGCAUGUGCAUCCUUUGGUUGAGUGUUGAUUUCACUUACCAACAAAUUUUGUCAUGUAGAUAUCAGUCUCAUUCUUUUGUAAUAAGUGACAUCUAAUUCAAUUUUAUUAGCACUGCUAGUUUAGUAUUGUAAAAAAUUUUUAGUGCAGUGCUUUAAUGUAGAAAAUAUUCAGAGCAACUUGUAUUUACUGCUCAUGGUUGUACAGAUUCAUUGAAUCUGGCAUAUGCCAUUCAAUAAUCUCUUAAAUUCGGUUUUUGGUA